AUGUCUACUGAUUGGACCGCUGCUCGCAUGGACUUGGAUCUCCUAAGACAUAAGGACAUAUAUACAUACACAUGUAGGAGGGUUGGGCGUCUGCAACCUCAACUUGAGAUAUAUUUUCCGAUCUGCUACAUCCCUUCUCCGUUGUCCAACGAGAUGUCUGCGGAUUGGUCGGAUCUUCAACAAGAUCUGCUGUUUCUCAUAGCUAGACGUUUGAAUCUGAUUGAAGACUACUUUAAUUUUGGCACCGUCUGCAAAUCUUGGCACUCUGCAACCACCAAGGACAAUUUUAACAGUGACCUUCCUAGAACUCCAUGGUUGAUGCUAGCUGAAGAAGAGAAUGAUAAUGGUGAUGGUGAUGGCACUUGCUCAUGUCGAAAAUUCUUCAGCCUCUAUAAUGGCAUGAUUUUGAAGAAGAAGAUUCCAAAGGCUAGCGGAAAACGUUGUAUGGAAUCUAUGGGUUGGCUUAUCACAGUCGGAAAAGACGAGGGUGAAAUUAGUCUGCUACAUCCCUUCUCUGGUGUUCACAUUGAACUGCCCCAUCCGAAUACCAUGGAAAAUUAUGAGCAUGACCGGACAGGAGACUUAUGGACAUUUUAUCAGAAAGCAGUUCUGUCAGCUAGUCCUUCUCAUACAUCCGACUAUGUUCUUAUGGUCAUUGAGGGAAGUUGGAGUGAACUCAGUUUUUGGAGACCAGGAGAUUUGAGAUGGAACAAGAUUAUCUGGGAUGAACCUAGUCCGCCUAGUUCACACGUUGGUGACAUAUUUUAUUCCGUGGAUUAUGCUGGCCGCCUCCUAGAUUAUGAUAUUGCUCACCCUCAACCCACUAGAAAACUCACAGCGCAGUUACAAUUCGAUACUAUAGACCGCCAAGGCCAGUUAUAUAUCUUAGAAUCACUAGGAUCAUUAUUUGUAGUUGUGCGACAUGGUGUCCGAUUCAGGGAUGAUGGCCAUGGCGACAGGUUUCCACUGACCUACAUCCGAUUUGAAGAUGAGGAAGAGGACUGUAUAUAUGGGACAACAAAUUUUCGAGUUUUCCAGGUUGAUUUACCUGAUGGCAAAGUCACCGAAACCAGGGAAUUAGGGGACAGAGCAUUUUUUAUUGGUCAUAGUGCUUCUCUAUCGAUCCAAGCUUCUCAAUUUCCAGGAAUCAAGUCCAAUCAUAUCUAUUUUACCGAUGAUUUUUGGGAAACAUACCUGUACUAUGAAGAGGGAGGGGGCUUCGACAUGGGGGUGUUUAGCUUGGCAGAUGGCAGUAUUCAGCUGCAUUACGAGGCUCUUUCCUUGAGUCGUGUUGGUCCUCCAACUUGGGUCACACCGACUCUAUAUUGA